CCUAAUCGGAACAGAUGAUGACGUUUUUUCUACCGGAAGACUUGCGCGCAUGCGCUGUCAACCUCAACGCGAGGAGCAGGGACCGGGCCACGGCGCAAGCAGCAUUAAUAAAACGAGAUGGCUGGAUUGCCCCGCAGGAUUAUUAAGGAGACACAGCGCUUGUUGGCCGAGCCUGUGCCUGGAAUUAAAGCGGAGCCCGAUGAGGGAAACGCUCGUUAUUUCCAUGUGGUGAUCGCUGGGCCACAGGAUUCGCCCUUUGAGGGGGGGACUUUCAAACUGGAGCUGUUCCUUCCAGAAGAGUAUCCCAUGGCUGCUCCCAAGGUCCGAUUCAUGACCAAAAUCUACCAUCCUAAUGUGGAUAAACUGGGCAGGAUCUGCCUGGACAUCCUGAAAGAUAAAUGGUCUCCAGCUCUUCAGAUCCGUACAGUGCUGCUCUCUAUCCAGGCUCUGCUAAGCGCUCCAAACCCUGAUGACCCACUGGCUAAUGAUGUCGCUGAACAGUGGAAGAGCAACGAGGCUCAAGCCAUUGAAACAGCCCGAACAUGGACCAGGCUUUAUGCUGGCAACAAUAUUGAAGUUUAGACAAAGGAAACGGUGGCAUCACAUAAGAGAAGUGGAACAAUCUCCUCCUGUCUUCUUUUGCAUUUAAAGGACACUUUCUCAGACAAAUUAAAACAGC